AUGACUAUACCCUCCGAUAUUCUGGCUGCAGAUGCCGCGGGGCGCAUUCCAAAGGAUGUGACCCUGGAAUUCCUGGCCCAAUCCCGCGAUAAAGCGGCCAUCGUGGGCAUUGUCUUCAUGGUCUGCUUCACGGGCCUGCUGAUGAUUGUGCGUCUGUAUGCCCGGCUGUUCAUCGUGAAGAAGCUCGGCUUGGACGAUGCACUGGCCAUCCUCACCUUGCUGUUGUACAUCGUAUUUGUCGUCCUAUGCAUCGUCCUCAUUAAUCUGGGCAGUGGUCGGCAUAUGGAAUAUAUCCAAUAUGUGCUAUCACUCCCAACUGUCCGAGAUACGGAAAUCCUCGACUUCGUCGCCCACAUUCUCUACACAACAGCACUUUUCCUUUGUCGCCUGUCCGGUCUGGCCUUCUACUACCGACUCAGUGUCCGCUCCACAAAAUUGCACCUGAGCAUCCUCAUCGCAGCACCUCUUCUUUUCGCCGCAUUCCUCCCUCAGAUCUUCCUCUUGAUCUUCCACUGCAAACCAGUCACCGGUCUCUGGCCCUAUGAAUGGCAACCAGAGCCACGGACAUAUACAUGUCUCUCAUGGGGCCUGGUAUACUCCGUCAACUCCGGAAUAUCCCUCGCCUGUGACGUGAUGAUGUUCAUCAUCCCCGCCAUGCUAAUCAAACAACUGCACGUCUCCAUGAACAAAAAGAUCAAACUCUCCAUCGUCAUGUUCCCAGGUGUCUUCGUAAUCGUCAUCUCCGCAGUCCGCGUCUGGCUCGUCGCAAGAGGCCAGUGGGAACCCGACGGCAGCUGGGCCUACAACCCCAUGCUCUGUGUCGAGAAUGCCGAAAUCGCAGCAACCCUCGUCGCCCUCUCAGUGCCAGCCCUCAAACCCGUCUUCGGCUCGCUCUUCGCCCACCUGACCGAGUACACGUCCAGCCAUACCCGGUCUCGAUCCACGAAACUGCGCAGCCAUGGGUUCGGACAUUCCAAGACUGCGGCGAGUGGCGCGGCGUCCAGUAAUAGGGACAGUAAGCGACUGAUUAACUGGUCUAAGAUUGGCAAGGAUGAUUAUGAAAUGAUGCCUUCGCAGGUCUCGGUCACUAGGGAGGUCCGGAGUGGCUCUGCUGAGGGUCGUGAGGGCUCGGUCAGUCCUGGGAUUAGGGUGACUGAUGAGAUUAAUAUCAGUCAGGAGGAGAGGCAGCCUGGGAGGGCGAUUUCAAAGUAA